CCCUGCUGCAAUCCCGGAAGUGAUGAUUUUUGUCCUCGUGAAUCAGCUGAUAAGGAAACUCGCUGAAUGUUGCAAACACGAUGUGUUGACCACAAGCAGCUAAAAUCACAUUUUAACAAUGGUCUAUUUAAAAGCGGAAGCACAGGCGGAUGACAGUGAUCUCUAGCACUAUCUUUAACGGACUAAUUUGAGCUAACGUGGUUUUGUUUUUGCAGUUGGCCGGACUGAAUAGCUGCAUCAGUGGACAUCUGUUCAACAUUUUUCAGUGAAGCAACAGCAUGGAUCCCUUGGGAGCUCGUUCCCAGUUUGUGGAGGUCCAAAGCCUCCACACAUGGGACCAGCUUCAGGGAGUCCACGAUGAGGUGGAUGGAGAAAACCACUUAAGGGAGGAGAAAGACAAGCUGACAAAUCAUGUCAACUCCUUAACGUCCCCUUUCCCCUUCAGAGAAGACAUCAACAGCAAGAUUGUACUAUUUAAUGGAGAUGUGGCACUUUUAAACUGCACUGCAAUCGUCAGUACAAGCAAUGAGACUCUAACGGACAAGAACCCCGUAUCAGACAGUAUCCACAGAUAUGCCGGACCUGAACUACGGGAUGAACUACUCAAAUUGAAAGGAUGUCGAACCGGUGAGGCAAAAAUGACAGAAGGUUUCAACUUGGCUGCACGCUUUAUCGUUCACACAGUUGGACCCAAAUAUAAAGCCAAGUACCGGACAGCUGCAGAAAGUUCUCUAUACAGCUGCUACAGAAACGUCAUGCAGCUUGCCAAGGAACAUGCCAUGGUUUCUGUGGGUUUUUGUGUGGUCAGCACAGUCAAAAGGGCAUAUCCACUGGAGGACGCCACACAUAUAGCAUUAAGGACCGUUCGUAGAUUUCUGGAGAACCAUGGUGAAAACAUAGAGACUGUGGUGUUUGCUGUUUCAGAUGUUGAGGAGCCAGUGUACAGGAAGUUAAUGCCGUUGUAUUACCCACGUUCAAAGAAAGAGGAGAGAAUCAGUCUGCCUCUCCUCCCUGCCGACAUCGGAAAUUCUGAGGGGGAACCCGUGGUCCCAGAGAGACAGAUCCGCAUUGCUGAAAAGCCUGGUAAUCUAGAGGAUGACUCCUGGGAUGAUUCACUAGAAUCCGACCUGGGGCUGGUAGGAAGUCAUGCGUUUGCUCGAAUGGAAGGGGACGUGGAUAAGCAGCGUAAACUCAUCCUUCAGGGCCAAAUUUCAGAAGCAGCCCAGCAGAAACAACACCAAAGAAACUAUAACCGCUGGCUUUGCAGAGCUCGUGCAGAGGACCUCUCAGACAUAGCUGCGUUAAAGGCACUAUAUCAGACUGGUGUUGAUAUCUGUGGUAGAACGGUUAUGGUUGUUGUCGGCAGGAAUAUUCCAGUUACACUUAUUGAUAUGGAGAAGGCUUUGCUGUAUUUCAUCCAUGUGAUGGACCAUAUCACAGUGAAGGAGUAUGUGAUGGUGUAUUUCCACACACUCACCAGUGAACACAACCACCUGGACACGGACUUUCUGAAGAAGCUCUAUGACAUUGUGGAUGCCAAGUUUAAGAAAAACCUGAGGGCUUUCUACUUCGUUCACCCAACGUUCCGUUCCAAGGUCUCUACAUGGUUCUUCACAACUUUUAGUGUAUCAGGCCUUAAAGAGAAAGUUCAUCACAUAGAGAACCUGCAGCAGCUCUUCACCUGCAUCCUGCCUGAGCAGAUCGACAUCCCUCCUUUUGUCCUGGAGUAUGACACACGGGUUAACAGCCCCUAUUACAUGGCUCAGCCCUCAGGCCUGUGAUGGUAGCAGAUAAAUUCAGCACUGAGGAGUUUUCCCUGGGCCGACACUCAACCCGAUGAACCUGACUCUGACAUGAAUUCAAGACGGAUGCAGUCGAAAGUGCUACGUUUUCUCCGUGACAGUGAGAGAUUGUUGAUCAAUAAUGCUGUAUAAACACAACCUGCUGAACUGCCACAGACAAAAAAUAUCAUUGAAGGAACCUCUGGCCUGACCGAAGCUAUUCUUGGACAAGGUAUGUGUGUGUGGUGUGGAUGAAGAGACUGAUUUUGACAAACAUGCCCUACAUACUAAACCAAUAUUUUGUACCAAUGUGAAACACAUGUACCAGUGUCUACAUGAAUAAUGGCUGGAAAUUGACGAAACCAUUCUGGUUUUAAUUUCUCUCGUCCUUGUCCAUCCAAUCAGAUUUAAAAGCCUCAUAUUUUGCCAUCUGAACAGUUUUGUAGUUUCAUUUAUUUCCAUGUCUGCACAGUCACCAGAAGGAACAGCAUUGUGCUUUUAUCUUGAGUCUCAAGCACUUUUACAGCUUUAUCUGAGGUAUUAAACAAACAUCACUACAGAUUCUUGAGCUUUGGCAGCAAGCAAAUUGUCCGUGUGUGUGUGUGUGUGUGUGUGUGUGUGUGUGUGUGAGAGCGGAUGUGAUGUCAGAAAGAUUGCUUUGUGAAGCUCUAAAUUCAGGUUGGCCUGUUGAGAUUUCAGUUACCCUGUUAAUAGUACUUUUCUCCUAUUCCUGUCAAUGGUACAUCAGUGUUCUGGUGGGUUCCCCUGAGGUGCACUAAAAAUGCUAGUGUGUCGGUUUGUAUUUUAUUUGGUGAAGCUGAUUUACAUGCAUGGCCAAAGGAAUCUCACAGGCUGAGAGCUGAUCUCAAAGUGAAGCCUUGUAAAUAGGUAAUUGUAGAUACUGCAAAUGCUGCCUCUUACUAUUAAUUCUGGUUUGUUUUUUAGUCAGCCUUUACUGUAGCGGUUCAGUGAUUUAAUGUGCUAAAUUUUGUACCGUUUUAAAUGAAAUAUGAUGUAUGAAUUAUGAAGAGAGUGCUCUUUGAAUAAAUGGAAUAUCGAAAUAUGUUGUUAUCAUUAA